GCCAAACUUAGAGAGCAAGAGAGCAAACUCCGAGUAAAAACUCCGGCGCGGUCGUUCCGUCCGCGGGGCCGCGACCAGUCUUCUAGCGUCACUCGGAUACGACGCCAACGUGUCUCAACGGUCGUCCAGCAGAAGCAGCAGCGGCGCAGCACUAGUCUGGAAUCUGCCUGCUUGCUCCUCCGCUGCCGUGGUUAACCGUGAAUUUGCGUGCGGUAAGAGUGAGGAAAAUUGUGCGGAAAAUCGCGGAAAAGUUCGGAAAAAGGGAUUGCCGAGUUCGUGUGAGGAAAAUUCGCAUUGGCCACGUGGGAAUAUCGCGUCCCAAAGCGUCAAAACAGCAGGCAGGCAAAAGCGCCCAGCAUCCUUCGAUUUUUUUUUCUUUGCUCUUAUUUUGGGGGGGCAGUGUUUUGGUGUGUGCGAGAGUGCGGCAAGGAAAACAGAAAACAGCAGGAAAAAUCAAUCUCUGGGCGUUGUAUCGAAAAAGGGAAAAAAUCCUGAAGCGCUUUUCCAGCCUCCCACCACCACCGCCACCGGAAAGGGAGUGGGAGCUGAGUAGUGAUUUAUCAACCAAUUUGCGUGCUGUAACACGUGCCCAAUUGUGGUGGGGAGCUUUAAAAACAAAUUCACGAGUUUGAGGUUUCGUGUGCUGCAACCGACAGGAUCGGCCAUUCGUGAGUGAGAGUGUUUGUUUGUUUUUCCAACCGUCCCUCCGUCCCACCCCCGCGAGAUGUGACGGUGUGAGAGGGCGUCCAGCAUCCAAGGAAACAAAAAAAAAUCACGCAAAAAUUGUUCGAAAAUUGUGAGAGGCAAAUUUCAAAGAGAAAUCAAAUAAUUCACGGUUGAGAAAAUUUUCGCACGCACACACACGUUUGAUGUUUGAUGGUUUUCCCGGAAAUGUGUGUUGUUUUUGUUGCCGUGCUCGGUGAGUCGGUAUCGAUUUGGGCAGAGCCGUUGCAAAAAGAUCCUUAAAAACAGCAGCGAAACAAAAAGAAAAGGAAAAAAGCCGACAGGCUCGUGCUUCUUUUAUGGGUGUUGUUUUCCACGUGGUGACCGAGCUGGUGUGAGUGAUUGUGAGCUGGUGCAACAGUGAAGGGAGUGAUAACUAUAAAAUAAAACCGUGAAAAUCGUGUCAUUGACAUGGUCGUAAAACACCUUGAACGACAAAAAUAAAGAGGGAUUCAUCAUCAGCGGAGCAUCGAAUGGGUUGAAGAAGUAAAAUCAAAGUACGGGAAAUAAUCUAUUGGAAAGCGGAUUACAAAGACUCGUAAAUUGGAACGUGAAUUAAAGGAUAGCUGGGUUGAGAGCUUCACGCAACUCUUUUUAUACCAGGAUAACGCAGGCUCCAAGCAUACAAAAAGUGCAACCCGGACGCGGCCAUCUGCAGUCGCAUCAUCAUCACCACCGCCUGCAGGUCGGUCCUGCGAUUCUACACCGCCAAGCCCGGGAAGAAACGCUCGUUAUCGCGCCCCAGCAGCUUGACAUUUUGUAGUGUCUCCUGGCCAACGCCUAACCCGGAGAAAGAAAAAAAAAAGAUUAUGACUCUGGAUGAGAAUCUGCUCGCCGGGCUAGUUCCAGUCUCGACAUGACUUCGCGAUGAAGAUCUGGCCGCAAGGACUGGGCGGACGUGUCACCUCGGCUGGAAAUUAAGUGUGUGCAGGAGCAGCAGGUCGUCCAGAACGUGAGCGGGGUGUGGAAAAUGUGGAAAUGAAAGACAAAUAACUUUUGAACGAGCACCUCGACGGCGCGGCGAAAAACUGCAGUGUUGCAGGCGGGCCUUGGAAGAAGGAAGGAAGAAAAAGUGUUCAUAGAUUAGUGUUUUAUGUCUGAGGAGAUUGAGUGCAGGGUUUGGUGUGGAAAGUGGUGCGGUUGAAUGAAAAACUCAAUUUCCGCAGUGAAGUCAAGCGAGAAAAAAGAAGAGUUACCAGAACUUUGUUAUAAGCCCACGGGAAGAAGAAAAAACGCGCGAGAAAACGAGUACAAAGAAAUAACAUUCAAUUUAAAUAUUCUUCGACGGAGAAAUCCAAUUUGUAGUCGGUUUCCGUGGGAGAAAAAAAAAUAAUCGAGAGAAGAAAUGAAAGUGAAUUGGGUGGAAUAAAAGUGGUGGCCGGGAAAUAAGAUCCAAUUUGAAAUCGAGAGUGUUCGACGAAGGGAAGCAGCAGCACAGCACAGCAGGUUGGAAGAAAAUGAAAAGCCCAAUUAGUGAGGCACUGUCGAAGUUGAAGAGUUGAAGUUCGAAGAAGUGGUGGCAAUUCAAACAGGGAGGAAAGAUGUGGUUCACCUUGGUGAUUCUGGGCACACUGUUCAACACGAUGCGCCUGGUGACCGGAGUGGACGGGUGCCCGUCGGAGGUGUGCGUGUGCAAGUGGAAAGGUGGCAAGCAGACGGUGGAGUGUGGAGGGAGAAUGCUGAGCCGGAUACCGGAGGGGAUGGACCCCGGCACGCAGGUGUUGAACUUUUCCGGAAACGGACUGACGAUACUGCAGAGUGAGCGGUUCAAGAAGAUGGAUUUGAUCAACCUGCAAAAGAUCUACAUGGCCCGGAAUCAGCUGAUCAAGAUUCAUGACCGGGCGUUCCGAGGACUCACCAAUCUAGUGGAGUUGGACCUGUCGGAGAACAUGCUGCCGGUUGUGCCGACGGAAACCUUCGCAGACUAUCCGGCGUUGAUGCGGCUAACGCUAAGCGGAAACCCCAUCCGAACCUUGCGUACCAACGCCUUCAAACAUCUUUCCUUCUUGACCACCCUGGAGUUGAGCAACUGCCAGAUCGAGAUGGUCGAGGACGAGGCUUUCAUCGGGAUGGAUAACCUGGAGUGGCUCCGGCUGGACGGGAAUCGUAUCACCACCAUCCAAGGGAACCACGUACUCCCCGGAUCCCUACAUGGUAUCAACUUGCAAGCCAACCGAUGGCAGUGUGACUGCCGACUGCUGGACGUCCACACCUGGCUCAACAGUUUCAACGUCCCGCAACGGGAAGAACCCAAAUGCUCCGGACCACUCCGACUUGCUGGUCAAACCAUCAAGAGUGUCCGCCAGGAAGACCUCGCGUGUCUCCCGAUCAUCACACCCGAUUCCCUGUACCGGGAAAUCGCCGAAGGCCGUAACAUGACGCUGACCUGCACGGUUACCGCCAUUCCGGAGCCCAUCGUCUCGUGGUGGUUCCAGGGUCAGAUGCUCCAAAAUGACAGCAUGCUGGCCCCGAACCUGCAUCUGUACCACUACAAUGACAACGCUGGAGCCGCUGAGGAGAAACGCAGCGAACUGCUGAUCUUCAACGCCGGUCCAGACGAAAACGGGACGUUCUCCUGCAUCGCGGAGAACUCGGCGGGACGCGUUCAAGCCAACUAUACCCUGCACGUGAUAGUGAAGGAGGAACCCGUGGUGGAAGAGGUGACCUUCUCGCAGGAAUACUUUCUAGUGAUUGUCGGCGCUAGUGCCGCAACCGGGUUUCUACUGUUUCUCAUACUGUGCAUCAUCAUCUGUAGAUGUAGCCGGUCUAGCGGUAAGCGACGCUCCAAAAGUCGUGGAAAAUCAGGCUCCGACACCACUACCACAAGCCAAAAGUGUUCGUCCAUCACGAACGACAUCGGCGAACCGUUGACCUGUGCCAAGAUCAACGGGACGGUAUCAAUUGGGGAUAGCAACCAGCAGGACGUGGUUCUAUACCUCAGCACCGGCAAUAACCACGACAAAUCCGGCAUGAACAACCUAGCACUCGCCGGAGGCCAGGUCCAGUUCUGCAGUCCUCCGUCGGCACGUAGCUACCAGGAUCAGAACCCAGACCUGAUCAACGACGCCGAAAGUGGGAACAAAAUCCGACCCCGUCAGGAUCAUCUCGACUCAGACGUCGGCGAAAAAGACUCCGACGAGCAGAGCAGCGUCCAAGACGCGAGCAGUGAAGCCAGCUAUCAGCAAAACUACUUCCAGCAACCCACGAUGGCCGUUCGCCAGAUGGGUCCCCGCUUCUCCGCCCUCUCAACACUGCCACGUGGAGUCAACAAGGACAUGUAUCAACACCAGGUGGACAUCCACCUCAGCCCGGGAUGCUUCCUGGACCAAAACGGGUACCCGAUAGACCUCAACAUGAUGACCCAAGGCGGCGGACCGCCCGUCAACUACUUCCGAACGCUGCCGCACAACCGAGGCCAAAAGGGCCAACCCAACGCAAACAAGAUCCGCUACUCGAACGACGCCGAGUUCAUCACCCGGACGUCCCAAACCUACCAAUUCUACGGCGGUGGUGGUGGCGGCGGUCCCGGCGAUAUCCGAUACACAGCCGAAGGCUACCCACAGCCAAACAGUGACGGCUCCGCCACCAACCCAAGUCAAUUCCCUUCGCCCCCGGACGGCUACAAGGGUGAACCCCCAGCGCUAGCCUUCAUGAACCCGCAAGCCGGCGCCACCGCGACGUUCUGCGUCAACCCGGGUCCUGCCACGGCGUGGCCAGCGUUCCUACCCGCCGGCUAUCACCCCCAACUCAUCCAGCUCCAACCAACCCAGCCCGGUCAAGACUUCAACCGAUACUUACCUCCCCCCGCAGUGAUGGCGAGCCCCUCGAGCUCAACGGCACCCCCUCCGGUGCUGAAAAAAUGCGUCGGGGCCCAGACGACCGACGACGACACCAUUCCGGAGCAGCGCGAGGAAGAGGAGGAGGAAUCGGCGGCGACGGAGAACGGCAAGCUGAGGCACCUCACGGGACCGCUGGCGGACAGCCCGGACGAGGGAUACGUCGGCGACGGCCAGGAAUCGACGGACAUCUGACACAAGCUGAACAAACCGCCGAGCUUGGGCGGAGGGGGAGCGGCGGCGGCGAUGCAGCUGGACGCGGGUGAUGUUCCGUUAUAAAAGUGUGCCCGGGGGAACGGGAUGAGUGUGUGGGUAGUUUGAAUGCCAGGGGGGUGUGAGUGUGUACAGCAUCAGCGGUGUAGGUGUGAGGUAUAUUUUUUUAAAAACCCACGUAAAUGUUGGACGUUGAACACGGUGGGAUGCGGGAGGGAGGUGGAAUUAGGUGGCUGAGGUGGUGAUAGAUACAAAAAAUAAUUUCAAGCUGAUUAAAAAAAAGAAAGUUUUAAAAUAGUAUCAGAUACUUAAACAGAAAAAUAGUUGAAAUUUUGUUUUUUUGCCGCGGUAUUUUAAGAGUUUAAAUUUUUUCAUACAUGGUAAUUCUGCUUUUUUUGACAAUGGUUAUUUUUUUUUAAUUACGUAUUUUAGAAAAAGUACCAUU